UAUGUUUUGAAACGCUGCCUGUUUUCGAUGUAGAUCUAUACCGAGGCCGAGUGAAUCUCUGUAAAAUCUUCUAAAGAAAGGUAGGCACAGGGCCAUAGAACCUUCGUGUUGCCUUGUGCUCAUCUGAAUUAACCUCCAGCUCCACUUCUCAACCUACUUGGCAGCUGUCUUAACUCCUAUCAUACAUAUUGCUCGAGCAUCGAAGAACGGCCGACGCUGCAUGGCGGCAACUGCCAAGCCGAGUGUGGCCAGUCUAACUUGAUGUGACCUUGUGCUUUGUACUGAAGCUGUCGGGUCAGUCUUCAGAGCGAUCACAGAUUUUACAUCCCACCGCGGCUCUGUGGAGUGUUCACCAACCUUAGUGCGCAAGCAGAUUGUUCUCCAUGUCACUAGAAUGGCACUCCCUUUAUGUCAGCAUUGGCUACCAGUGUUCUUCAGUUUGGAUGGUGAUUUUAUGGUGAAGGAAUCCGAAAGUGGUGUAAAACUGAAUCAUAAAUAGCAAAGAUACCCUAUCCCUUUGAGGUUAUUAUCCGCAUGAUUUGUUAUUCAUACCAAGAAGAUAGUUUUAUUUUUACUUGUGUGUAGGAGUUCAGGCUGAUGACAUCAUGGGGCGUCAUUCGCUUGCUCGAAUCGCCCAUCCGUGCAGGAAAUGUACUGAAUGUACAUACUGUGGCAAAAAGGCAGAGGUUGAGCUUACAUCUUUUGUUCAUAUUGUGAACUGGGAGGAGAAUGAUAAAGACACUCUUCUGAAAGACUUUGGUCUCGGUAGUGAUUGCUGCCUAUGUAACAGAUGUCGUAUUGAAAUUCGGCAGAGUAUGAAGGGACAUAUCAAGAAAUCAAGGAAGAAGCAGCGUCCUCCCUGCUUUCUUUCGAGGUAUCAACUUUGCGACGAAGAUAGCUGCACAGAAACGCAAGAAGAGUGGUCUCGAGUUGUCGCGACAUUUAAUCUCCAGGAAGCGACUCAAACAGAGGUCCCAUCUUCACUUUCGCUGUGUCAAGGCCAUUACAGGAAGCUGAUUGACUCCAGGAAAGUAAGGUGUAGCAAAUGCCAACAUUUGAUCCGCGGAAGGAAAAGAAAGUGUCCAAAGCCAGAUGUCAUAAAUGACUUAAAUAAAGAAAUUGGAAUUCAUUCCUCUCUGAUGGACAAGAGUGUUGUAUGUGCUGUAUGCUACAAUCAGUGUAGGCGAGAGAUUUUUCGUCACCAGAAACUGAAGACUGCCUCAACGGAUCAAGAUCUAAAGGAAAUUGUCACUUCUUACGAAGAGAUGGCAGAAACCACAAAGGAUGAGGACUUGGACACCUAUGCAUCAGCUAAAGCUGUUGUAUUCACUGGUCGAAAGUUCCUGAAUAACAGAGCAGUUUUGCUGAAAGAAAUCCAGAAGAAGUACCAUCAAUACUGGCAAGAAACUGAAAGUGAAUGUCGGACACAAGAACUUGGGCCAAAUUCGAAGACAAACCAGUCGAUGAUGCUUGACCUUAUUGUAGCAUAUGGUCAUCAUCUGAUAUGUGUGACAUCCAGAAUUAAGUUACAGGGAACCAUGGUGAUGUGGAAAGGCUCUGAUGUUACAUCCAUGCUUCAUACUGUCUUGUACGAACAAUUGACUAAUAAGACAGCGGAAGCAACAUCAACAUCAUCCGUGCCAGAGAAGAUGGAUCCUGAGAGUACUUCAAGCAACCAUGUUUUGUCUAAAGCUGCCCAAUUAGGUUGGGAAUAGCAUCGUCAAGGACAACACUUGAUGCCCAUAAGAAUGCUGCUAUAAUGACAGACUUACCUACCACGCGGAGGAAGCGUGAUGCAUCUGCAUUUGCUUCUGCAUCUGUGGACAAUGUAGACAAGGGAUCUCCACGUGCAGUUGUAUCUGCAGAUGGCAAACCUAGGAGCGUUCACGGGACGAGCUACCAAAUUUUCCCUCAGCCAACCCAAAAUGUUGAUUUUGGAGAUAUUAUGUUUCUUGCAGCCCUCCGCAAGUCCUCAAGAUUGUGGCACUUUGAAGGCUAUCAAGCUGCCGCACGACUACAAGAAUUUGGACAAGGUGCUCGCAUGUAGGAAUGAUCCUACGUUACGUAAUUGCCAACGAGACAGUAAUGGAGUUCCGACAUCCACCUUCGACGAAGAACUGGAGAUGGUCCUUAGUCAAUGUUACAAAGUGGAGCUCGUCAAUAUCAUCUCAGACAACAAGCUUGAUGCCUUUAUGGAUGAAGUCGGUGGGCUCCUCCCAAUGGAGUGCCUGGACAUGACUGCUCGUGUUGAGUUUCUGAAGAAAGAAAGUACCACACCUGCAGAAGUAGAGGCAUCUGCUGUGGCAAUCGCGGCAAAGUGUCCAGUCCAGAUUUUUCGCCUGGGAAGCAAAGGCCGAUUCUUGUACAGGUACAAGGAAUUUGGAACCUGUUUUCUAGGUGUGGAACCGCUUCAGCUGUUACAGGAUGCCACCGGGUUUGAUAUCCUACUAUACAACAAGUUGGCAAGUAGUACUACAAACCUCAUAGGAGAUAGCCAAUGUCCAAACUUUGAAGUGUGCCAAGUCUGGAGAGAUCGGAAUGCCUCCCUUCUAGAUGAUGAAAAAUUGGCUCUGCCAAUCUCCGUAGCGUUAUACAUGCAGGUCAGGUUGUAGAGACCUCACCUUCUGAGAACCUUCCUUAUCCAUCUAAACGACGGAAGACAACAGUUUCAGAUAUUGACUCUGCUAGGACCUCAACCCCCUCGCAGUACACACCAUCAAGAAGCAUAAUCCCUCCCCUGAACGAGCAUGCUUUGAGUGAUUUCAAGCUCCAACCAAAUGCAGAAUCAGAAGAAAAAAUGGCAAGAGAAAAAUUGACGUCACUUAUCUUCAAUAAAGCCGUGACCAGUCCUACCGCUACCCCUUCCUUUAAAUAAACAUGGUCGCAAAGUAAACCUUGACAUGCUUUUAUACGACAGCUUCCGGAAAAGAUCUGCUCACUCACCGUCUGACAAAACAAUCACCGCGUCCUCUUUCGGAAAGUGUUAAGAACAUUUUUGGAAAAGUUCUGUUAAUUUGUAUGUCGCUCCAUAUCAUGAAUACCAUUUCAUUCACCUGCAACGAAUAAUAGAAUCCCUGUGGAUGGAAUACAGUUUAUUUACAUUAGUUGUUGCUUUAUCAGAAAGCCUCUGGCAAUCUAUUUAGUUAUGUGAACCUUUUGUCAAAAAAUGUGCUUAAAAUUCGGACACACUGCCGAGCCCACUACACACGGAAUCCAAACCGACCAAUUUUUGGCCAUUCGUGAUUGUUUUUUUCGGUCUGGUGUCAGCCUGUAGUCGGUCUGGUGUUGGCGUGACUGAUGUAGUAUAUGUGCUUUCGUUUUGGGCGACGGUAAACUAGGUAUUGGACCCGUUUGUGCAUGCUCGCCCAAAACGAAAGCACGCCAUCUCAUUAUUACCUUUAUACGACAGCGUCAAAUUAAAAAAAAAAAAAUUGAUUACUCACCGUAAGCGUAUGACAAAAUUAAUUGCGCCCUCUAUUGGUAAAUUUUAAAAGCAUUUGGUAUUGAGAACGUAAUCAUUGUUGAACAUUGAACAUUGAAUAUUGCACUUUGAAAAACCUCACAUUUACUUCUGCACACAACGAACUUUCCUGAAGAGGUACCAAGCAAGCAAGAACUUUAAUUUUAUUAGUUGAGACUGUUGGUUCAUUGCGGGGAUACUGAGUGUGCAUGGGGGCAUCGGGCUUGAUGUACUACAUGAACAGACGUAUACGACUGCCGAGCUGGUGCCCUCCUCCUGUACAGCUUGGGGGCAUAUUGAAAAAUACAAUUGGGGGGGGGGGGGGGGGGAGUGCGCGGCUCAUAAUAUCAAAUGAAUAAGGCUAAGAUCUAAAAGUGGGGCAAUUUUUAGGGUUUCUUAACACAAAAUCAUAUCUGAUUUGUUUUUCUUCUUUUUUUGUGUGCAAAAAAGCGACCCACUUAGAUAGAUAUUCCCGUAUUCCCAAAUAGGCUGAGAAUCCCUUACCCUCCCGGUUGUACAAUCCCCGAGGGACAAGUAACACUGUAACUGGUGAAUGUAUCUGUGAAACCGUUUGUGAAACCAUUUGUGAUAUUUUAUGUACAACAAUUAAUAGGAAACGUUUUGCUAUUUAAGUUUGCAAUGAUCAACAUUCACCGAUUUGAGAUUCACAAAAUGUAACGAUGUCAGCUUUCAAACUUUGAUAACUUUGAGACUUAUUUUCCAUAUAUCCGUUAUGUAUCAUCCUCAGCAUUUUCUCAUAUCUCUCUCUCUCUCUCUCUUUCUCUCCCUUUCUCAACCUCUGUCUCUCUCUUAUACUGUUCCUGGUUAGGACCUGUGCUGUCUGUAUUUUCCCUCUCUAGUCUCUAUGCCUCUCCUUUUCACUUCCCUCCAGCCCUUUUUUCUCCUUGUUUCGAACGAUCUUUUCCUCUAUGAUUGUGGAAUAGAUUUAAGCAUAUUAUUCCCUGCUUACCUGUUAACCAAACUUUAUUCAUUGAUUAUGUAGGUGUAUAUUAAACUGAUUCAUUUUUUUAAACAAAAUUCAA